AUGGCAACCGAGCUUUCGAGGCUCAACGACCCCAACUUCGCCAUCAACUUGGCGGCGCACGUGAGCCGCGACGACUUCCGGAUCUUUGACUCCUGCGGCCGCGUCGUCGCGGUGCUGUGGCAUCACGGCAAGAACCCAUACGACGCGUUCGACCCCCUGCAGACCAGCAACACGAUACAGGCCUACGACAGCAAGAUGGGGGAGUGGGAGUCUGCGUGCAACGUCACUGGCUACAACGGGAUGACGAGCCUGAAGAUCCGGCCCAAGGCUAUCAGCAGGCACGGGCGGCAGUGGGUGUAUGACUCGAGUGGCGCGCUGAUCUUCAACAUCGGCAAGGAGAGCAAGCUCAAGAACCUGGCCCUGCGCUCCAACAUAGGCGUCAUGAAGGGAGAGGGCAAGGAGGUCCUGUACAGGAUCCUGCCAGACCUUAUGGGCCGCACAUUCCAGAUCGUCAACCCGCGGGACGAGCUGGUCUGCUUCUGCCAGAAAAGCACUAAGGCGCUCGUGUUAGAGGCGGCGCUCGGCGCGGGCAGCGAGAUGAUCAUUGAUGUGGCGCCCGGCGUUGACUGGACGGCCAUUGUCGCGAUCAUAAUGGCGCUGCGGCAGGUCGGCGCGCACUUUGUUAAGACCGCCGACGCGUCGCCGUCGCUCUAG